UUUGGCUACGAUCAUUUGUCUACGGAACGGCGCCGCGUUAAGUUCGUUAGACGCGAAACGAAAAGGAAGUCUUGAGACGCCGACAAAAGUACAAAGAAAACCCUAAGCGAACCGCGCAUUCCGUUCGCAGUGUGUGCACUGUGUGUUGCUUUGGACGUUAGCCAACUCCAACUCCACCUCCUGGCUCGUACUUUUGGGCCAAGUACUGCGGCAAUUUGGCCCCCUGAGUGUUUGAGUGUUAAGCUGUGAAGAAAGUUCGGCGAGUGUGCGCCAGUGCGGCAGUUACGAAACGCGGUUUCCGCCGGCGAACCCAAAAAGAAACCCGGGUUCCAGCCAUAUACAUACAUCUAGAGAAUUACACACACACACACAAAUAGAUCUGUGAGGGCGAAAAAUGGGUCACCUGUCCACGUCGGAGCGAGUGUGCAGCAAGACGCCGGCCAUCGCGGGGGACUCCAGUCCGCCGCUCCUGGCCAGGCGCUCGAAGCUCCCCAAUGGUGAUGCCCAACAACAGGUGCGCCGUGGAGAGGACUCCUCGCCCGAACUGCCGCCCCGUGCCAAGCUCCAGCUGCCCCCCAAGCGGGAGGAGCUGCCCAGGUCGGUGGUGCCCAAGGAGAUCGCCAAGCACGUGCCCAAGGAUGCCAUCAAUCUGGAGGAGUACACCCGCACCUUUGUCGGCGAUCGCGUGCUGGGCUGGCAGUUCCAGGCUCCGCUCAAGUGGGACAAAGUCAUCCAGAUCUCGCUCCUGCACAUCGUGGCCUUCAUCUGCCUGCUGACCUAUCCGCUGCGUGAGCUCAAUCCGUACACCACCAUUUGGUCCUUCUUUAUGGGCGGCGUGGCCGGAUUCGGAGUUACGGCCGGAGCCCACAGGUUCUGGACCCACAAGAGCUACAAGGCCAACACCGUGCUGCGCUCCAUUCUGAUGGUCUGCUACUGUGUGGCUGGACAGAACACGCUGUAUGAUUGGGUUCGCGACCAUCGAGUUCAUCACAAAUACUCGGAGACGGAUGCGGAUCCCCACAAUGCCAACAGAGGCUUCUUCUUCUCGCACGUGGGCUGGCUGAUGAUGCUGAAGCAUCCGGAGGUACUGCGUCGUGGUCGCCAGAUCGACAUGAGCGACAUUCUGGCCGAUCCCGUGGUGCGCUUCCACCAGAAGUACUUCAUCCCCCUGAAGACCUUCUUCUGCUUCAUCUUGCCCACCAUCAUCCCGGUCUACUGCUGGGGCGAGACCUGGGCCCUGGCCUUCAUCCAACAGUGCCUGUUCCGCUACGUGAGCAGCCUCAACUUCACCUGGUCCGUCAACAGUGCCGCCCACCUGUGGGGAUCCCGCCCCUACGACAAGCGGAUCAUGCCCAGCGAGAACAUCUACGUCUCUCUGCUGGCCAUGGGCGAGGGAUGGCACAACUACCACCACGUCUUCCCCUGGGACUACAAGGCAGCUGAGCUGGGCAACUACACCGUCAACUUCACCACCAUGGUGCUGGAUGCGUUCCACAAGCUGGGCUGGGCCUGGAACAUGAAGCAGCCGUCCAAGGAGCUGGUGCGUCGCACCCUCGAGAAGUACGGCGAUGGCACCCACGCCUCCCAGCUGGGCGGACCCGAGGAGUUCAAGGACGGCGUGGUGGCCGGUGCCACCAUGGUGGGUCAUGUGCACUAUGCCGAGGUACCGGAUCCCGAGCUGGAGUACGAUGCCGAGUCGAGCAGCACGGAGAGCGCCAAGUUGGAUGAGAACGAGAACGAGGGCGAGCGGAUGAAGAAGUCGAAGAAGGCGGCCAACUAGGGACCUCGAGGAUCGGGAUACUGGCGUCCGGGCAUCCAGGUCGAGAUCGAGAGAUGGGCUCGCGGAUCACCGAUGGGAAGGAUCGUCACUUAAUCUUGCGUCUGUCUAUGCGAGGGCGGGACAUAGUCGAUAAUCGUUUUUUAAAUUAAACCCUAUUCUAUUCUAUCAUUAUCCAAACCAACACACCUGCACCGCAAUGGUUAACAAUCACAAUCACACUCACUCCAACACCCAACACCCAGCAAACAACAACUAACACUCAAACACCCAAAACACCCAAACAUCCAAACACCCACAUUCGCUCAUUUUCGUAUCUUCAUUUGUGUAGGUUUAGGUAUUUAGCACGGUACGACAUAAGUUAUAAGUCACACACAAAUUUACGUAUAGACGACAACAACAAAACUUGCUCUCCGUCCGAGACAAAUAAAAAGAAAAUAAAUAUUUACAAAUAAAAACAAUUCGAAAAUCCAAA